CCAGUCCCGGACCUGCUGCAGCCUGAGCUAGGGGAGCAAGAGCGUGGUGGGGAGGGGAGUGGGGCUGGCGACCCUGGAGACGGCGGCGCCGCAGCCUCUCCCCACCAGGCGGCCUCGGAUCCAACUGGACACUCUGAAUGCACACCGACCGCGCCUCUAGAGUCACCCCACGCCGACCCGAACCUCUUCUCUAGACUUCUUUCCCAUCCUUCUCGCCUUUUACCCUUCCCACCCUUCCCGGUUCUGGAACGCCUCCCUCUCUUCACUCCCUGACCGGCCCUUUUCCGCGCCCUUCUUCCCUAGGGAGAUGCGAUGAGCCGGUGCCCCCGCGUUCUCAGCGCCGUAACGGUUACGGUGCCCGUCCAGUACCCGUGGUGGGGAGGGAGCACUCCGCGGCCCCUCCGUGAGGCCUCCCCCUCGGACUCCCCCCCAGCUGGAGUCCCUGGGCCAUGCCUCAGGGGACCCAGCCAGGGGGUGGGCUCUAGAGGGAGGGGGGUGGAGAGGAGGAAGGACGGGGCCUUGGGCUCCUCUGAGAUGCUCCCAAGCGCCAGGGGGUGCCGAGCAAGGCUCAGGCAACCCGGCGGCAGGCAUGAUGCCCUCGCCUAGCGAUUCCAGCCGCUCGCUGACUAGCCGGCCCAGCACCCGGGGCCUUACACACCUCCGCCUCCACCGACCCUGGCUACAGGCCCUGCUCACUCUGGGGCUGGGUCAGGUGUUCCUGGGCAUCCUGGUGGUCACCUUCAGCAUGGUGGCCUCCUCCAUCACCACCACCGAGAGCGUCAAGAGAUCCUGCCCGUCUUGGGCUGGGUUCUCGAGCUGGGUACACCCUGUGAUGCGGGGCUCACCCAGGUGCCUCCCCUUCAUGCUGAGCCUGUGCCCGCUUUAUCCCCAGCUGGCAUUUUCCGGGGUUGUUGGCAUCGUGUCUUGGAAGCGGCCAUUCACUCUAGUGAUCUCCUUCUUCUCCUUGCUUUCGGUGCUCUGUGUCAUGCUCAGCAUGGCCGGCUCUGUUCUCUCCUGUAAAAACGCUCAGCUGGCCCGAGACUUCCAAGAAUGCAACUUGGAUGGAAAGGUCUGCGUGUGCUGCCCCUCUGCUCGUCUUCUCAGGCCCUGUCCAGAGUCGGGGCAGGAGCUGAAAAUUGCCCCUAACUCCACCUGUGAUGAAGCCCGAGGGGUCCUCAAGAACUUACUCUUCAGCGUCUGUGGGCUCACCGUCUGUGCCGCCGUAAUCUGUACCCUCUCUGCCAUUGUCUGCUGCAUCCAGAUCUUCUCCCUGGACCUUGUGCACACGCAGUUGGCCCCUGAACGCUCAGUCUCAGGCCCUCUGGGGCCUCUGGGCUGUACCUCCUCGCCCCCAGACCCUCUCCUGCACACCAUGCUGGACCUGGAGGAAUUUGUACCACCUGUGCCCCCGCCACCGUACUACCCCCCAGAGUAUACCUGCAGCUCAGAAACAGAUGCGCAGAGCAUCACCUACAAUGGCUCCAUGGACAGCCCAGUGCCCUUGUACCCUACUGAUUGCCCCCCUUCUUAUGAGGCCGUCAUGGGGCUACGAGGAGACAGUCAGGCCACUCUGUUUGAUCCUCAGCUGCAUGAUGGCGCCUGCAUCUGCGAGCGAGUGGCCUCCAUUGUAGACGUGUCCAUGGACAGCGGGUCUCUGGUGCUGUCAGCCAUCGGCGACCUCCCGGGGGGCUCCAGCCCGUCGGAGGACUCGUGCCUGCUGGAGUUGCAGGGCUCCGUGCGCUCCGUUGACUACGUGCUCUUCCGCUCUAUUCAGCGCAGCCGCGCCGGCUACUGCCUCAGCCUGGACUGCGGCCUUCGGGGCCCCUUCGAGGACAGCCCCCUUCCCCGGCGGCCCCCAAGGGCAGCCCGCUCCUAUUCCUGCUCUGCCCCCGAAGCCCCACCCGCACUGGGUGCCCCCACAGCGGCCCGCAGCUGCCACCGCCUGGAGGGCUGGCCGCCUUGGGUGGGACCCUGCUUCCCCGAGCUGAGGCGGCGGGUCCCCCGGGGAGGCAGCCGGCCAGCUGCGGCCCCUUCCCCCCGAGCCCCGGCUCGCCGCUUCAGCGAUAGCUCAGGUUCCCUCACCCCGCCGGGGCACCGGCCUCCUCACCCGGCUCCCCCGCCACCGCUGCUGCUGCCACGGUCCCACAGUGACCCGGGCAUCACCACCUCCAGCAACACUGCUGAAUUCAGGGACCUUUAUACCAAAGUGCUUGAGGAAGAAGCUGCUUCCGUUUCCUCUGCAGAUACAGGGCUCUGCUCUGAAGCCUGCCUCUUCCGUCUAGCCCAUUGCCCUUCCCCCAAGUUGCUCCGUGCCCGCUCAGCAGAGAAGCGGCGCCCUGUGCCCACCUUCCAGAAGGUCCCCCUGCCCUCGGGCCCUGCACCAGCCCACUCCCUGGGGGACCUGAAGGGCAGCUGGCCAGGCCGGGGCCUGGUCACCCGUUUCCUCCAGAUGUCCAGGAAGGCCCCAGAUUCCAAUGGGAAUGGAGCCCAUGGGCAUAAACAGGUGCCCCGGAGCCCCUGGGGCCGGCCAGGCCGAGAGAGCCUCCACCUUCGCAGCUGCGGCGACCUAAGCUCCGGCUCCUCCCUGAGGCGUCUCCUGUCCGGCCGCAGGCUGGAGCGUGCUACCCGUCCCCACAGCCUCAGCCUCAAUGGGGGCAGCCGGGAGACUGGGCUCUGACCCAGGCCUCCCCCAACACUGAACAGAUCCAGAUGAAUGCUGGGGCCACAGCAGACCCCAGCACCCUCUUGCACUGGCUGACACACAGAGAAACCUGCUGAACAGUCCCAAAAGUAUCCGUUUCCCUCCUACCUCUAGGGGCUCCUGCUGCUUGCCUCCGCCGUCUGGCCUGGGAGAGCUCCUGUCCUGUGCUGCACGGGUGUUCAGGCUCUGGGGGGACAUGCCUGUGCUUCCGGUGCUGGAGGAGGAAAAUAAAGCCCAGUUCCCCUGGCGUGACAGUAACUCUGAUUCACCAGGGGUUGUGGCCAGGGCACAGGCAUGUCCCGGAUGUUUAAACAUAGGGGGAUGUAUGCCUGUGCAAUGGGGUGGUGGGGUAUGAAGGGUCAGAAAAAUCAGGCUGGCCUCUCAGCUCUACCACCUCUAACUGCAUGACCUUGGGCAAGUUAUUUAACCUCAACUGCCUGAUCCAUAGAACAUUGUGAGGACGAAAGUUUGUAAAGCUCUUAACACACUAAGUAAGCCUUCAAUAAAUUUCAGU